AUGCCAAAAACAAAAAUAGUGGAAAGUGAACCGAUUUCAGAAAAUGAAGAUCUAUGCAUUAAAUAUUGGUGUGAUAAUGGAGAUAAAUGGGAUUUCUUUACCAUGAUAACAGGUUUAUUAUUUUUAAUCAUGGGAUUAUGUUGUUCUACUAUUGAAGUUGGGUAUAUAAUUUAUACAUAUCGUAUACAAUGCUACUGUGUUGGUUUAUGGUGUUCUGCAGGUUUUCUAUUAAUUGGUACUCUUGCUAUGGGAUUAUAUCAUUAUGAAUCAGUUCCAUCAGCAUCAUUAAUGUUAUUUUGUGUAAUGUGUGACUUAUUAUUUGGUAUAGUUAUGCCACUGAUCGCAAUUAUUUUCACAAUUAAUUGCGGUAAAUUAAAUGUUUUUUAUCAUCCAAUCACAAUGAUCUGCAUACUAGUUGGAUUAAUAAGUAUUGUACAUAUAUUUUUUGUAACAAGAGAACUGUUAAAAGUACGACGACAAUUCUAUCGUGAAGGAUAA